AUGGCUUAUGACCGCUACGUGGCCAUCUGCUGUCCCCUGCACUAUGUGACAGUAAUGAGCAUCUGUCGCUGUGCCUUGCUGGUGGCCAUUCCGUGGACCUCAGCCAACCUCAUCUCCAUGGUCCACACUCUCCUGAUGACCCACUUAUCCUUUUGCACCAAUAGGAUCCCACACUUCUUCUGUGACAUCAACGCCUUGAUCAAACUCUCCUGCUCUGACACCCAAGUCAACGAGAUGCUGGUGUUGGUCCUCGGGGGCUCAGUGGUUUUGGUCCCAUUCGUGAGCAUCAUAGCCUCUUACACACCUAUUGCCAUGGCCGUGUGGAAGGUGCCCUCUGCCUGGGGGAAGUGGAAAGCGUUCUCCACCUGCAGCUCUCACCUCUGUGUUGUCUCUCUCUUUUAUGGGACGAUCAUCGGGGUCUACUUCAACCCUGUAUCCACACACACCACCCAGAGGGACCUGGUAGCCACAGUGAUGUACACUCUGGUUGCACCCAUGCUGAACCCCUUCAUCUACAGCCUGCGGAACCGAGAGCUGAAGGGCGCCCUCCGGAAACUUCUCAGUGGGAAUCGCUUUGACAAUCCUCUUUGA